CGCAACCUUUCUCUUUUCCUUGUGCCAAAUCUACACUUCACUCACGGAGUACCGGUGCAGACAAUCCCUUUGUCGAAUGCAAUGAUGCUUCACAUGGGGCACCUACAGCUAUGUUCAGGAAUCCUCGAGAAAACGCCACUGUAGACCCUUCCAAAGCCCUUUUACCCUCGACCGGCCGUCCGCCCACUCCACCUGCGACUGGGAGCAGCAAGCAUAUCACCUCCUCCCCGUACUUCGCCUCCACAACAACGAAAGCCUCGUCAAUGUCCAAGACUCCGGUCCUAGGCCGCCAGCCUGCCACCAAAAUCCCCAGCUCAAAGAAGGGUGCAUUUCGACAGAACCAGAGCAUCCUCCAGUUCUUCGGCAAGGCGGACAAGAACGAUCACAAUGGCGUUGAAAAGGCUGGCGUUCCUUUGUUCUUCAAAGAUGCACAUCAGCCUAUCGAAGAACCAGACGCAGUGGACUGGGUGCCCAGUAGGAAUAGUCGUAACGAGCAGGGCCGGUACAACGAAGAUGAAACUCCGGUAAAGAGGAGGCGCACGAGCCAGGACGGCGACUUCAUUGUUAGGACACCUUCUCCUGAACGCGCGCGCUCACUUCCAGAAGUUGAGGCAAAAGUUCAGGUGCAGAACUAUGUCAAGGCUGAGAAAUCGAAAAAGCAGCGCGGCGGGUUUUUGGAUGAUUCAAGCGACGAGGAAGAUGAGGGUUGGGCAGCAACCGUUGACGAAGUUGCCGAGCAGUCCAGACUUCCGGACAGACCAGGAGAAGCUGGGAUGGAUGUGACGGACGACAUCGACACUGAGACCGCAUCCACGACUACCAGGGUUCCUCUGAAGCCUCCGGAUUUCAGCUUUGGUGAGAACGCAGGUCAUGAUCGGCACAAGCGUACCAAGGCUGUCGAGACUGUACCGGAACUAGCUCAUGAGGAGACCAGCAUGUUCAACCCUGGAGAUUUUGGAGAGGAAGAAUUCGACGACGACGAAUUCUACGAAGGCGGAGAAGAAUUUAUGGAACGACGUUGGAUGGAGGAGCAACGAGAAAUGGGUCUGGACUUUGACGAGGAUUCGAAGUCGGAUAGCGGAGCUGACAGCGUGCGGACGCCGCACAGCAAUGUCGAAGAUGACAUGCAACUCGAUGUAGAGCAGCAGAGCGACGGCGUGUCUCGUUGCCCCCUCUGUAGCGGCAGCAUGGAAGGCCUGUCCGAGAUCCAGGCAUCUUCCCAUGUCAAUGCUUGCCUCGAUGGCACAGCUGAAUCUCUGCCGAAAGAGCGCGAGCUCAAAGCCCCUCAGAAGCCGAAGCCGAAUGUCGUUAUGGCUCCCGAAGGAUCAGGUCCGAAGCGCUUCCAACGUGCUGCACUCCCGCGCCCCGCGCAAUCCAACCCAUUUUCUGUUGGCAGCGACUUUAAAGGUGGCUCAGCUUUCACUCGGCUGAUGUCUGGACACGCUGAGGACGCGGCGUGGGCAGAGGCAGCGGCCCAUGAAGUACAAUCUCGUGGCAAGCCGGCAUACCAACGAACUUGCCCCUUCUACAAGAUCAUGCCCGGCUUCUACAUCUGCGUUGAUGCUUUCCGCUAUGGCAAAGUUGAAGGUCAGAAUGCUUACUUCCUCAGCCAUUUUCAUAGCGACCAUUAUAUCGGCCUCACAUCGUCAUGGUGCCACGGUCCGAUAUAUGCCAGCAAAGUCACCUGCAAUCUCAUGCUACAGCAACUGAAGGUCGAUCCCAAAUGGGUGGUGCCACUUGAAUUUGAGAAGAAGGUUGAAGUCCCCAACACAAAGGGCGUCUUCGUUACCAUGAUCCCGGCAAACCACUGCCCAGGCUCUUCAUUGUAUCUGUUUGAGAAGGUCACCGGCAAGAACAGGGACGGCUCACAGAAAACAACGAGAAUCCUCCACUGUGGUGACUUCCGCGCCUGUCCAGCUCACGUCAGUCAUCCGCUCUUACGACCAGAUGUCAUGUGCAGUAUCACAGGCCAAGUCAAACAGCAGGUCAUUGACACUUGCUAUCUAGACACGACUUACCUGACGCCAAAGUACGCCUUUCCCAGCCAGCACGACGUCAUUGACGCAUGUGCCCAGAUGUGUGUUAGCUUGUCGAAAGAGAUUGUCGAUGUGGACGACAACUGGGAACGAACGAAAGCAGAUCGGGCUGGCAGUACCAUGAAGAAGUUUCUCGAACAAGGGGAGACUAAUCUGCCCAAACAGGAGGACGACGAAGUGGACAAAAAACCGAAAAAGCGAGGACGCCUGUUGGUCGUCAUUGGGACUUAUUCGAUCGGCAAAGAACGGAUUUGUCUAGGCAUUGCGAAAGCAUUGAACUCAAAAAUAUAUGCACCACCCUCAAAGAUGCGCAUAUGCAAGUGUCUUGAAGAUGAUGAGCUGAACGCCCGACUUACGCCGCACCCGCUUGAAGCUCAAGUUCACAUGCAGACGUUGAUGGAAAUCCGCGCAGAAACUUUGCACGAGUACAUGACGAGCUAUGGUGGCCAUUUUGCACGUGUCGUUGGGUUCAGGCCGACGGGUUGGUCUUACCGUCCGCCUACGAGCCGGUUCACGGAGAAUCCGGCCGUGAACACAGUGCUGACCUCCGAAGCCUGGAAGAGCAGGUUUACCAUGCGCGAUCUUGCUCCACAGCGAGGGAGUACGCGCGAAUCUAAUUGUUUUGGGGUGCCGUAUUCGGAGCACAGCUCGUUUAGGGAGUUGACCAUGUUUUGCUGCGCGUUGAGGAUCAAUCGCAUCGUGCCGACGGUCAAUGUGGGUAGUGCGAGGAGCAGGGAGAAGAUGAAGAGCUGGAUUGAGAAGUGGGAUGCCGAGAAGAGGAAGAACGGGCUCUUCCAAGUCGAGGUAGGCGCCGAGGGAUGGGGAAGCGGUGAUGGAAAGUUACGAUAUGGAGUGUAGUGGCGUAGACCUUGGACUAUACCCUUCAGAACUCUGUACUGAUCAAAC